UCUAACAAUCCAUCACUGAAUGAUCAUAGCUGAGUGUCUGUAGAGGUAUAACGUGUUUAUGCUUUGCUACAGAAGAAGAAGACAGCACUUCUAAGAUGUCACGCCUAAACUUCAACAUUUUUAUCUUCAAUUUAUUUUUUCUGAGCCCAGAAUUUGUCUUCGGUUAUGAUUUUAAGGUGAUCCAGCCAAAAUCAGUCUCAGUUCAGCAUGUGAACCAAGAGCAAACCGCCUCAAUCAGCUGUGAACAUGACAAGGGUCAUGGAUAUAAACUUCUGGAUGUUCGACUGUACAGAAUUUCACAGAAUGGCAAACCAGAGAUGCUGUGUCAGAAGGGAGAACCAUCCUGUAAAGAUGUCAACCUGACUCUGAGUUCCACCAAGUUUGUCUUCACUUUACGAAACAUUAAACCAGAAGCAAUAAGAGCUACUUAUCAGUGUGAGAUAACAAUGGGGUAUGGUAGUGUGAAUUACACCAGGAGAGGAAUAAACACCACACUGUUAUAUGAUUUUCAUGUGAUCCAGCCGGAGGUUCAGCAUGUGAACCCAGACCAAACCGCCUCAAUCAGCUGUGAACAUGAUUCAUAUGGAUCUAAGCUUCAGGAUGUUCGACUGUACAGAAUUUCACAGAAUGACAAACCAGAGAUGCUGUGUCAGAAGGGAGAACCAUCCUGUAAAGAUGUCAACCUGACUCUGAGUUCCACCAAGUUUGUCUUCACUUUACGAAACAUUAAACCAGAAGCAAUAAGAGCUACCUAUCAGUGUGAGAUAACAAUGGAGUAUGGCGGUGCAGAUUACACCAGGAACGGAAUAAACACCACACUGUUAUAUGAUUUUCAUGUGAUCCAGCCGGAGGUUCAGCAUGUGAACCCAGACCAAACCGCCUCAAUCAGCUGUGAACCGAAGGCAGAGGGAUCCACCAUUCAGAUAGCACGAUUAUACAGGAUUUCACAAGAUAACUCAGAACAUAUGGUCGAUCAGAAGAGCAUCACAGAUUCCUGCUCAACUGUCAUCACACAUCAGUGUGAUCAGAGCAAGGUUGUUUUCAUUUUACAAGAAGUUGGACCAGAAGAAAUGAAAUUUACCUAUCAGUGUGAAAAAAUAGUUAAAAAAAAGGAUGUGGUUUACAUUGAAAGAGGAAAACUAAAAAAACUACAGGAAAGGAAAGAGGACUGCCCUUCUCUUGAUAGGUCUGCGCUGGGAUGGAUUCUGAUUGGUCUUCUGGUCCUGAUGUUCCUGUACAGCUGUGUAAUCACCUGCCUGUACUUCAGACUGAAAGCCACAGUCUGGAAAAACACCAAAGAGAACUGCACCUACGUGGUAAUGAAGCCUCCAACCCAGAAGAGGCAGCAUGAAGACAUUUACCAAAUGAUGCAGUCUUAGGUUAAGUGUUUGAAGGAUUAUCACUGCACUUGAACAGGCAGUGGUAAACCCUCAGUACUGCUAGAGUUCUACCGAACAAAACCAGCAGGGGGAGCCAAAGACUGCCUAAAGAGAUUGUUCACAUUCACGCCAGACCAUGACGACAAUAAUUCAUGACUUGGUAAUAAAUGUUAUGUAAAUACAGUUUAGAGAAGCUUUCUGAGGGUUUUAUGUUUGGAUGGGAAAUCUGACGUGAAGCUGUUCAAGUCAAUAUAAGUCAGUUUUUAUAAUUUUUUCCAUCUUCCUUGAUGGUUUAAGAAAUUGCAAAUUCAGUUUACCCACAUGGAUUACCACUUUUAAAAUCACUGGUACUAAAGCAAUUUUUUGUCUUCUUUUUGUUCUUUUAUUCAUUUGUUUUGGUCUCUAAAUUCCCUUCCAGUUUGAUGGAGCUUCUGUAAAUAUCAGGCUUCAGGUAUAACAAAGUUUAAAUGAUUUAAAAGUUUUUCAUGAAACUCUGAACGCAUUUAAUGUAUGUAAAUAUUAAACAGAAGCUAAAAAAAUUAUGAAAAUAAAUCCCCAAAAUCUUGUCGCUAUGUUUCUCAACCACUGAGUUUUUUUCUCAGAUGUAGAGAAAAAAAUCUGCAUUUACUAAGAUGUAUCAGAUUACUUUCUUUAUUUUAUUUUUAAAUCACUUUUAUUGAAACAUAUAUCAUUUAUAAAUGUUUUAUGCUUUUAUUAAGCUGUAUUCUUGUUGUGAUGUGUCUUCAUCUUUCUCAAUAAAAACACAUUAAUUCUCA